CUGCGAGGGACUGGUGGUCGACGCCAUUAAAGAGGGAGAGUGAAAAAUCCCUGAAAGGGCGCUUAUUAGAGAGAGAGAAAGGCGCUUCAGGGGGUGUUCUUUUUCUCGUUUCUUCUCUUCGGUUACUUUUCUUUCGAAAGAGAAAGGUUGGUUGAUCCAUUCACCUUUUGCUUCUCUUGUUGGGUGAGUACUGCGUGCCAUUGGCCUAGUAUCUUUCCUUUUCUUCUGGGCUUCGUUACCUAGAGAGAGGAGGAGAGAGUGGUGAAUGUCGUUUCUUUCGCGUCUGUUCUGAUCGCUUUUAGAGACGUCUGUUCUGAUCAGUUUUAGAGAAACAGAGAGGAAGAAGCAGAUCAAGGAGGAAAAACAGAGAACGUAGAGAUGUUUAUCGAGAGCUUUCGCGUGGAGAGCCCCAACGUGAGGUACACAGAGGAGGGGAUCGAGUCGAUCUACAACUACGAGACCACAGAGGUGGUGCAUGAGGAGAGAAACGGCCAUUACCAGUGGGUGGUCAAGCCAAAGGUUGUCAAAUAUGAAUUCAAAACCAGCACUCGUUUACCAAAGCUUGGGGUGAUGCUUGUAGGUUGGGGUGGGAACAACGGUUCUACCCUGACAGCCGGUGUCAUAGCUAACAGAGAGGGAAUUUCUUGGGCUACCAAGGACAAGAUUCAGCGAGCAAAUUACUUCGGGUCUCUUACUCAAGCAUCAACCAUUAGAGUAGGAUCGUUUCAUGGCGAAGAGAUUUAUGCACCCUUUAAGAGCCUUCUCCCCAUGGUGGAUCCCGAUGAUCUUGUGUUUGGAGGGUGGGACAUAAACAACAUGAACCUUGCAGAUGCCAUGACCAGGGCAAAGGUCCUAGACAUUGAUCUGCAGAAGCAGCUGCGACCUUACAUGGAAUCCAUGGUCCCCCUCCCCGGGAUAUACGACCCCGAUUUCAUCGCUGCCAACCAGGGGUCUCGCGCAAACAACGUGAUCAAGGGAACCAAGAAGCAGCAAGUUGAUCAGAUCAUUAGGGAUAUCAGGGAGUUCAAGGAGAGGACUAAGGUAGACCAGGUGAUUGUUUUGUGGACAGCAAAUACAGAAAGGUACAGUGACGUGAUGGUGGGGUUGAAUGACACCAUGGAGAAUCUUAUGUCUUCUCUAGAGAAAAAUGAACAUGAAAUAUCUCCCUCAACACUGUACGCCAUUGCCUGUGUUUUAGAAAAUGUUCCUUUCAUCAAUGGGAGCCCACAAAACACGUUUGUGCCAGGUUUGAUUGAUUUGGCUGUAAGGAGGAAUACUAUAAUUGGCGGUGAUGAUUUCAAGAGUGGGCAAACCAAGAUGAAGUCUGUAUUGGUUGAUUUCCUCGUGGGUGCAGGUAUCAAGCCAACGUCCAUUGUGAGCUACAACCACCUGGGAAACAACGACGGCAUGAACCUCUCGGCACCACAGACAUUCCGGUCAAAGGAGAUCUCUAAGAGUAAUGUGGUCGACGACAUGGUCUCAAGCAAUGGCAUUCUAUAUGAGCCAGGAGAGCACCCUGAUCAUGUGAUUGUCAUCAAGUAUGUGCCAUAUGUGGGUGAUAGCAAGAGAGCCAUGGAUGAAUACACGUCUGAGAUAUUCAUGGGAGGGAAAAGCACAAUUGUAUUGCAUAAUACUUGUGAGGACUCCUUGUUGGCUGCUCCCAUCAUCUUGGACCUAGUUCUGCUGGCUGAGCUGUGCUCUAGGAUCCAACUCAAAGCUGAAGGGGAGGAGAAGUUUCAUUCGUUCCAUCCAGUGGCUACCAUCCUGAGCUACUUGACCAAGGCACCACUGGUUCCUCCAGGCACUGCUGUGGUGAAUGCACUGUCAAAGCAGAGGGCCAUGCUUGAGAACAUCAUGAGGGCCUGCAUUGGGCUUGCCCCUGAAAACAACAUGAUUUUGGAGUACAAGUGAAAGAAUGAGAAGUAAAAAUUGUGUUUCCUGGGGAUUUUACUCCUUCCCAAUCUUCCUCUUCCUCUGUCUGCUUCUCAUGAAUUGAAAGAAAUGGAAACCUCAGGGUGGUGCAGAACAAGCAGAAUGAUCAUGUGUUCUAGUGACUGUAUCUUAUAAGGAGGCAGCUAAAUCUGUUAUUUUCUUA